ACCGCCAAGCACCGCCCCUCGCCGCGGAGCCAAGAUGGCGGGAGCGUCGCGGUGCCGGUAGCGGCUAUGGAGGCGGAGGGCGGCCCGCUGGGCCCGGGGGAGCGCUGGGCGCCGGUGGGCGCUGUGGCGACGGCGGAGGAGGAGGAGGAAGAGGACGAGGAGGCGGCGGCGGGCGGGUCGCCGCAGUCGGUGCCGCGGCUGCGGGCCGAGCGGCGCCGGUUGCACGGGGCGCUGCUGGCGCUGGCCUCGCACUUCGCGCAGGUGCAGUUCCGGCUGCGGCAGGUGGCCCGGGCCGGCCCGGCCGAGCAGCAGCGGCUGCUCCGGGAGCUGGAGGACUUCGCGUUCCGCGGCUGCCCGGCCCCGCUGCCCCACGGCCUCGGCGACGCCCCGAGUGAGCGAGAGAAGCAGGAGCAGAUUGAGGUCCAGAAGGAGAAGCAGAGGGAGCUGAUCCUGCAGCUCAAGACGCAGCUGGAUGACCUGGAGACGUUUGCAUACCAGGAGGGCAGCUAUGAUUCUCUGCCACAGUCUGUGGUUAUGGAAAGACAACGGAUGAUUAUAAAUGAAUUGAUAAAGAAGCUGGACAUGGACUUGAGUGAAGAUAUCGCGACGCUCUCUCCGGAGGAAUUGCGGCAGCGUGUGGAUGCCGCCAUAGCGCAGAUCGUUAAUCCCGCCAGGGUGAAGGAGCAGCUGGUGGAGCAGCUGAAAACGCAGAUAAGGGACCUCGAAAUGUUCAUCAACUUCAUUCAGGAUGAAGUCGGAAGCUCUGGUAAGGCGGAAGAUGGACACUGCGAAUGCGCAGGCAGGAAAGAAGCUGGUGGGUCCUGCAAACCACAUACCCGACCUUGUGGAAACAGAGUGAACCCAGAAGACGCCAGGAAGAUGCGAGAAACGGGCCUGCACCUCAUGCGGCGCAUGCUUGCCGUGCUCCAGAUCUUCGCUGUCAGCCAGUUCGGUUGUGCUACCGGGCAGAUUUCUCGCACCCUUUGGCAGAAGGACCAAGCCAACAAGGACUAUUCCCCGUUAAUUAAGAAACUGGAGCUGUCGGUAGAGCGGGUGAGGCAGCUGGCUACGAAACACCGGCAGGACGAGCACGUCAUCAGUUCCUCCGACCUGCAGGACGUUCCCUUGGGGGGCAGAGACGAGCUGACGCUCGUUGUGCGCAAGGAGUUGACCAUCGCUUUGCGAGAUCUGCUGGCCCACGGGCUCUACGCCUCCUCUCAAGGCAUGAGCCUGGUCUUGGCCCCUAUCGCCUGCUUAAUUCCUGCCUUCACCUCCUCCCCGCAAACCAUGCACCCCUGGGAACUCUUUGUGAAGUAUUACAACGCUAAAAAUGGACAAGCCUUCGUGGAGUCCCCGGCUCGCAAGCUCUCGCAGUCAUUCGCGCUGCCUGUGACGGGGGCAGCGGCCGUGACGCCCAAGCAGAGCCUGCUGACGGCCAUCCACACCGUCCUCACCGAGCACGACCCCUUCAAGCGCAGCGCGGACUCGGAGCUGAAGGCUCUGGUGUGCAUGGCGCUCAACGAGCAGCGCCUGGUCUCCUGGGUGAACCUGAUCUGCAAAUCCGGAGCGCUGGUCCAGUCCCACUACCAGCCGUGGAGCUACAUGGCCAACACGGGCUUCGAGAGCGCGCUCAACGUUCUCAGCCGCCUGAGCAACUUGAAAUUCAACCUCCCGGUUGACCUGGCUGUCCGGCAGCUGAAAAACAUCAAAGAUGCGUUUUGAUGUGUUUUUAAUUGUCGAUCAUCCGUUUUCCACAAGUAGGCAGCUGUUGGGCUCGAGAAGCCUGCCUUUUUUUAAGACCAAAUUGGGCUCUUUGAAAUCGGUGUUUGCUUUUAGGGAAAUCUCGCGGUGUCUUGAUGUGUUUUACACGGCUGCUGCUGCAAAGCCGCUGUACAGCGCCUCGCACUGACCGGUUUGUGCAGCUCUGACGAGCAGAAGCGCUUCGCUGGUGAGCUGAUGCAGUGAGAGGUUGGUGUUGGGGGCUGACUGCCCCAAGCAGGGGGGCUACAGGGCUGGGGAAGCCCCUCAGACCAUGCGGCUUCACUCCUGGGCUGCGUCUGUGUGGUUGUUCCUUGAAGACCAUGCUCUAAAUGCUGUCCCUGUGCGACACCCCUUGGUGAAGAGUGCGACAGGCUGGUGGGUGUUCUCUGGGCAUGAGGGACUUGUCCUCCCCGGGACGGAUGUGUGAAAACACCGGGCUCUGAGAGCUGCGGGUGUGGGGGCUGCGCUGCUCCGGCACCCUGGCACAGCCCGUUCCUCGGGCUGGUGAGGGGCCGGCACCCCCAGCUUCGCCCAGCAGUCCCCCCGCUCCUUUUUCAGAUUCUUUGUGCAAUGGGCAGCAGCCUCGUGGUUUAUAGGGGACGCAUUAAAUCGCUUCAGCAAGUGUA